CCCUCCCGCCGGCUGCCGCGCUUGACGGCGGCGAGGCGACGAUGGCGUCUCCCUUCAGCGGGGUGCUGCAGCUGACGGACCUGGACGACUACAUCGGACCCUCACAGGAAUGUAUCAAACCUGUAAAGGUGGAAAAAAAGCCUGGGAAAGCAGCAGCUAAGAUCAAAAUCGAAGCUGAUGGGAGCUAUUUUCAGAUCACUCAGGAUGGAGGAGCACAAAAACUGGAAAAGGCUAAAAUUACUCUGAACGACUGUUUAGCUUGUAGUGGCUGCAUUACAUCAGCAGAGAGUGUUUUAAUCACUCAGCAGAGCCAUGAAGAAUUCUACAAAACUCUAGCUUUUAACAAGACUGCAGCUCCCAACGAACAGAAGUUGGUGGUGGUUUCUGUUUCACCACAGUCCAGGGCUUCAUUAGCUGCAAAAUGUAAAAUGAGCGUUCUGGAAACAGCAAAGAAGUUGACUGUCUUAAAGAGUCAAGGUGUGCACUAUGUAUUUGACACAACUUUCUCAAGAAACUUCAGCCUGCUGGAGAGCCAAAAAGAGUUUGUAAAACGCUUUCGAAAGCAAUCUGAAGACAAAAAGGCUUUGCCAAUGCUAGCUUCUGCCUGUCCAGGUUGGAUCUGCUAUGCAGAGAAAACCCAUGGCAGUUUCAUCAUUCCUUACAUCAGCACCACUAAGUCUCCACAGCAGAUCAUGGGCUCCUUGAUAAAGGGCCAUUUUGCAGAGCAGCAGCACUUACCACCCAAUAAGAUAUACCACGUAACAGUAAUGCCCUGUUAUGACAAGAAGCUGGAGGCUUCAAGGCCAGACUUCUUCAACCAAGAGUACCAGACUCGUGAUGUGGACUGUGUAAUCACCACAGGAGAAGUGCUGAAGUUGUUGGAACAAGAAAAAGUAUCUCUCUCAGAUGUAGCUCCUGCUCCUUUGGAUACCAUGUUUAAUAGUGCCACAGAGGAGGAACUCACUGGCCACUCAGGAGGUGGCUCUGGUGGCUAUUUGGAGCACAUAUACAAGUAUGCAGCCAAGGAACUCUUUGGCAUUGAAGUGGAUACAAUUCAGUACAAACCUUUAAAAAACAAGGACUUCCAGGAGGUGACACUGGAGAAGGAUGGAGCAGUUCUGCUCCACUUUGCCUUGGCAUACGGGUUUCGAAACAUACAAAACUUAGUGCAGAAGUUGAAGCGAGGGAAGUCACCCUAUCACUACGUGGAAGUCAUGGCCUGCCCAUCAGGUUGUUUAAAUGGAGGUGGCCAGAUCAAAGUGGAAGGUGAACCUAGCAAGGACUGGCUUCAGCAAGUUGAGAAGCUGUAUGAGUCUCUUAAGACUGAAAUUCCAGAGGAGAACCGGACUGUAACUGCCCUGUAUGAGCAGUGGCUGGGUGGCACUGAGUCUGAAAAGGCAGGGAAAGCUCUGCAUACAGAAUACCAUGCCGUGGAAAAAGCAAGCGCUGGAUUUAACAUCAAGUGGUGAAGGCUGAUGCUGGAAGCAGACUGUGAAGCCCAGAUAUACUCAGUGCCUUUUAAAUUGAUUGUAUCUAUGAUUCUCAAGAGACAGCCAAAGUUCUGUGCCAUCGUUUCUGUGCCAUCACUGGGGAAUUGCAAUUUCUCACUCUCGGUCAGGGAGGAGAAGGUAAUGUGCAUACAGGCAGGCAGUGUUAAUUCCUCAAGCUUUAUGACGACUGAAGUGAUAUGAAUAAAAACUAAACAGUGAUUACAA